CGGUUUCGAGCAUCUCCGCCGUGGCAGGAAUUUUUUAAAAUCUAAACACAGGGAUACAAGUAUAAAGCACCAUUUACGUUGCAGUGACGACGUCAAGGGUACAAUGAUGACAUCAUGUGGUCUGCUAACUGCCCAGAACAAACCAGUUCCUCUGAAGAGCAUUGAGGUGGAGCUGGAGGUGAGGGACCAUGUGGCUACAGUGGUCUCCACCCUGAACUAUGAGAAUAAGGAGGACAAACCAUUAGAGGCUGUUUUUGUCUUCCCUCUGCCUGGAGACGCUGCUGUCUGUCAUUUCAGUGCUAAGAUCGGACAGACACAGAUUGUAGCUGAGGUGAAGGAGAAACAGAAGGCUCGUGAGGAGUAUGAUGAUGCUCUGAGCUCGGGUCAGCAGGCCUUCCUAUUGGAGGAGAGUGAUCAGAGUCCAGAUAUAUUCUCUCUGAGUGUGGGCAGUCUGCCUCCAGGAGAGCGCGCCUCCAUCAGGUUGGAGUACGUGACUGAGCUGGCUGUGCAGGCUGAUGAUGGUCUGAGGUUCUGUCUGCCUACUGUGCUCAACCCUCGAUACCAGCCUCAGGGGAGCUUUUCCCUCUCAUUGUUGCCAAGGAACUUGCUCAUAGGGGGUCUUUCGAGUGUGGGGUUAGUGCCCUACAGUCUGUCUUUCUCUGCCCGAGUGUCCUCUCCUCGUCCAAUCUCUAAAGUAGAGUCCAACUGUUCCCUGGACCCUCUCCAGUACCUCAACACUGAUCAAACCCAGGCCACGGUCAAGCUGGCUGCAGGACACAAGUUUGACAGAGAUGUUGAACUGCUGAUUUAUUACAAAGACGCCCACCAGCCCACUGCUGUGGUGGAGGCAGGACAGGCCUCUGCUGAGCCGGGCUCUCUGAUGGGUGAUCCAGUGGUGAUGGUGAGUCUGUACCCUGAGUUCUCCCAGUCUGCGAUGUCUUCAUGUGGAGAGUUUGUGUUCUUAAUGGAUCGAUCUGGAAGUAUGAGUAAUACUCGCAUCCGCAGUGCCAGGGAUACUCUGCUGCUCCUGUUGAAGAGCUUACCAAUGGGCUGCUAUUUCAAUAUUUACAGUUUUGGGUCCAGAUAUGAACACAUCUUCCCUAAGAGUGUGGAGUACAGCCAGCAGACCAUGGAGGAGGCUCUAAAGAAAGUUGAGCAGAUGGAGGCUAAUCUUGGAGGAACUGAGAUCCUGGAGCCCCUCAAAUAUAUUUACAGCCAGCCCUGCAUUCCCAAUCAGCCAAGACAGCUGUUUGUCUUUACUGAUGGAGAGGUGAGGAACACCAAAGAAGUGAUAGAUCUGGUGAAGAAGAACUCAGAUUCUCACAGGUGUUUCUCUUUUGGGAUUGGGGAAGGGGCCAGCUCUGCUCUCAUCAAUGGGAUGGCCAACGAAGGAGGAGGUCAUGCUCAGUUCAUCACAGGGACUGACAGGAUGCAAGCAAAAGCGAUGCAGUCGCUGCGAUUUGCUCUGCAGCCGACUGUGGUCGACAUCUCAGUCACAUGGGAUUUACCAAAGGAAGUGUCUGUCACUGUCCUCUCUCCACCAAUCACAGCACUUUUCCAGGGUCAGAGGUCACUGAUUUAUGCCCAGCUCAGUGGACAGAGCUCAGAGGCAGCAGAGGGCUGUGUGACGGUGAAGUACAGCCUGGCAGGUCAUCCCUCUGAGAACCAGUUGCACUUCAGUCUCAGACCUGCAGAGGACACUGGAUUAACAGUCCACAGGUUGGGUGCUCGAACUCUAAUUCGCUCCCUGGAGAUGGGGGAGAGAGAGCACAGAGGACAGCAAGUUGGAGGUGUGAAGGAGAAGGUGGUGCAUCUCAGUGUCCAAACAGGAGUGAGCAGUUCUUUCACUGCCUUCAUUGCUGUCAACAAAGACAACAGCGAAGUGAUUCAAGGACCUCUUGUGUGCAGAAAUGUUCCGACACCCUCAUUCAAGGGAUUAGCAGCUCAUUGCUAUGAACCAACAAAGUCUGACAGCAAAAAAGGGCUAUUUCCUCACAUGAAGAAGAAACUACCUGUCUUUUGGAACUCUCAUAAGAUGCCUACCAAGCAUUAUGCUGCUUCACAUAUGUUUGUUUACGAAGCUGCUGUGCAUGAGCACCUAUCCAGAGACCCUUUGCUACAGUUAGUCUCCCUCCAGGAGGCGUCUGGCUGCUGGCUGCUUGAUCCAGCUCUGGCUACUGCACUGGGAAAGACCAGCAAGGAGGUGAAAAAGUCAAAGCCUGAAAAGGGCAGCAAUGAAGUGUGGGCCACCGUUCUGGCUCUGAUCUGGCUUCAUGCUUUCAAGAUGGAUGCAAAGGACGAGUGGGAGCUUCUGGCUAUGAAGGCUGCCUCAUGGCUCCGUGCUCAGAAUGCACCAUGUGUGUCAGAGUGUGUGGACGCUGGAAAUGUCCUGUUGGGUUCCAGCGUGAAGAAAGAAGCUCUGGGACUCUGAGAGUUUUCUCAAAGAGCUAGUUAUGCCAAAUGCCUUUUGAUUCAGUGUUGUGUCUUC